CCAUGCUCGCAAAUAUUCUAUGCAAUGGUUCAUGCCGCUAGAGCUCGUGGUUGACGACCAAAUAAGCAGCAGCGCAGUAUUAAUCUGACAUUAAUCGUAAUUCUUCUCUCAAAGUAGAGAAGAGGUACCUUUCUUCAAAUUUUCGUAUAAUAUUCUUCAAACUACUGUGAUCAAUUGGUUCGAAAAAAUGCCGCGCGGUAAAUAUGUCAGUUACAAAGGCCGGAGUCGUCACUUCACUAACCCCGAGGAACUGGAGGAGCAACGACGCCAGGAGGAAAAAAAACUCCAAUGGAGAAAAAAUAAAGGAAAGGAUAGCUCUAGUGAUGAGGAUGAGGAACCCAAAGCACAUGGUGAUUCAAUAAAAAAUCAUAGUUCUUCAGGGACAGAUACUGAAAGUGAAUCAGAAUCAGAAUCUGAAACUGAAGGAAAAACAAAGGGUGUAGAAAAUUUAAUUCAAGUUGAAAAUCCAAAUAGAGUUCAAAAAAAGGCAAAAAAAUUAUCGCAAUUAAAUCAAUCUCUAGACUCAGCAAAACCAGAUUUAUCUCGGAGAGAACGAGAACAAUUAGAAAGACAAAGAGCAUAUGCAAACUACCAGAAAUUACAUGCAGCAGGUAAAACGGAUGAAGCACGUGCGGAUUUAGCACGAUUAGCUAUAGUUAAACAACAACGAGAAGAAGCGGCUAGGAAACGAGAAGCCGAGAAGAAACAGAAGGAGCUUGCCCUACAGAGAAAAACGGAACUUAGGCAAAAAGCACUCGGCAAAAAAUCCUAGAACGUUUCAUUUUGAUCAAUUAUAAAAUAUUUGAUGUCACAGCAAUUAUUACAUUAACAAUGAUGAACAGUUUAAAAUCUACUUUCAUAUUGAUACUAAUUAAUUAAAUCAAUUCACGCAUUUACAAUAAUGCGUUUGAUGAAAAUAUCCUUGUUUAAUUAUAUAUAAAUACAAUUAUUACAAUAACUGAA